GGUGCACUAGCAGAGAACAUAAUGCAGCAGGGGGCAGAAGUCGGGUGGUGGGUGGUGCUGCAAAACUGCCAUUUGGCCGAGUCAUGGAUGAUGCGCCUCGAGAUACUCUGUAGCCAGAUCCUUCAGUCUGACUCAACGCACCCCAACUUCCGUCUGUGGUUAACCAGCUACCCAUCUCCUGCCUUCCCUGUAUCACUGUUGCAAGAUGGCAUCAAGAUGACUAAUGAGCCCCCGCGUGGUCUUCGAGCCAACUUGCUGAAGUCUUACCACAAUGACCCUAUCAACGACCCAGAAUUCUUCAAUUCCUGCCAUAAUCAACGACCCUUCCAACGACUUCUCUAUGGCCUGUGUUUCUUCCAUGCACUCAUCCAGGAACGCAGGAACUUUGGUCCCCUUGGCUGGAAUGUUCCAUAUGAAUUCAAUGAGUCGGACAUUCGUAUUAGCGCGAAGCAACUCCAGAUGUUGCUAACUGAGUAUGAAGGGAGGGAGGUACCCUUAGAGGCAUUGGUGUACCUGACGGGCGAAUGUAACUAUGGCGGGCGUGUCACCGACUCCAGAGACCGCCGCCUUCUUCUUUGUCUCCUUGCCAAUUUUUACAAUCAUGACAUCAUCAGUGAUGAUAUGUACAAGGUGUGUGGGGUGGAGGAAUACCAGGUGCCCUCAGCCUCCACCUGGCAGGGUUAUGUAGACCAUAUUGCCAGCCUCCCACUCUCAACCCCACCUCAGGUAUUUGGUCUGCAUGAGAACGCUGACCUCGCUAAGGACCACCGGGAGACUGAUCAGCUGUUCCGGGGAAUACUGCAGUUGGAGCCGCAGCUGGGUGGGAGUGUUACUGGGGAUGUCGCAAUGGUGGUGAGAGACCUGGCCUGCGAGAUUCUGGCUCGGCUACCCAUGCAGUUCAAUCUGGCUGAAGCGGAGGAGCGUCACCCUAUCAGCUACACCCAGUCCCUCAAUAUUGUACUUAGACAGGAAUUACUCAGGUAUAACAGAUUGAUUGCUAUCAUAAAAACGUCUCUGAAAGGAGUUAGAAGGGCGGUCAGCGGGGAGAGUCUCAUGUCUGACGAGGUGGAGGACACCUACCAGUCCUUGGUGCUGGGUCGCGUGCCUCAGAUGUGGGAGAGCCGCUCCUACCCUUCCAAGAAAGCCCUCGCCCCGUACAUCAGUGACCUCCUGCACAGGCUAAAGUUCUUCCAGCGGUGGGCGGAUGAGAAAAUCCCCGACGUAUUCUGGUUUUCUGGGCUGUUCUUCCCCUACUCCUUCCUCACGGGCAUACGUCAGAACUAUGCCAGGAAACAUGCCAUACCCAUCGACAGGAUUGACUUCCUGUUUAAGGUAAUGGAAAAGGAGGUGGAAGAUAUCAUCCAGGAAUGUAUCAGACCCAACUUCGUGGAGUUGCCAGUGGUGAUCGAGCGGCUGCCCACGCCAAAUGUGCAGGGGCAGUACUACCCCCUCGACACUGACCUCGAAGACAACGAAUCGCUUCCUUACGAUAACGACUCCCCCCAGCUCAAGAAGGAGGGUGACCAGGUAACAAAAUGCAGAAACAGAUAUCAAAUGCCAGGCUAAUAACUUUAGUACAGGGAUUGAAGGAAGGAAGGAAGGGAAAGUAAGUAAUAAAUCAGAGAGAGAGAGAGAGAGAGAGAUAUAAACCAGAUUAAGUGGAAGGGAGUAUUCAGGAAAGGAUGAAGAGUAGAGUCAGGUAAACUAAAAGGCUGUCUUGGUAAGAAUUGGACUAUGAGGAUGGUGAAGACAGAAUGGGAAAUGAAAGAUUAGUUAUCAAAAGAGAACCACAUAACAGAGAGGGAAGAGCUUGAUAAAUAAUGAAGGAAGAGAGACCAGGUACAAGCAGAAAUAGAUAAGGAAGGAUGACAAGAUAACAAGUGGUAGAAGGAUGAAGAAGGAACUGAAUAAGGAGGGAAAAGGUAGCAAGAUCAUGAAAGGAGAAGGAUAAAUCUUACCAAGAUGACAGGUAUGCUAAUAGACAAAGGAAAAUGGCAUAUGUGUGCCCUAUAUUCAAACAGGGUGAUUAACACGGCUCAAACAAUUAAGGUGCAGCCUUCUGGAGUCAUCCUACUUCCAGAAAAAAUAAAUAGAAGUUGGAAGUUACACAAGCCCCCAAGCCCCAUCUGUACAAGCAGCCUAAAUAAUUGUGGCUAUCUUGUCAUCAGAUUUACUACCUCACUUACUGU